CCCAGCUUAGGUCGGGUCUAGAAGUGUGGAAGGAGGGACUUGGGCUCCUUGCUGAGCUCCCUUUUCCUCGCCCCUCGCUGCUGCCUUCCUCCAGUCCUAAUCCUCCUCCUCCUCCUCCUCCUUUCCUGCCAUGAAGCCCUGGCUCUUGCUUAGCCUCCUCCUGAUCCACCAAACCCUGCAAAAUGCUCUUGGUCAGCCUGCAAAGAACAAGCGUCCAAAGGAGCCAGGGGAGAACAGGAUUAAACCUGCUAAUAAAAAAGUAAAACCCAAAAAUCCAAAAUUAAAGGAGAGAGAAUCCACAGAUGCAUCCCCAAAGAUCCACUCUAUAAUGACACAAGUGUUGGACAAAGGCCGUUUUCAGAAACCUGCUGCUACUAUGAGCCUUUCUGCAGGACAGAGUUUAGAACUGCGGUGUAAAGGAAAUAAAAUUGAAUGGAGCUAUCCGUCUUAUCAUGACUCCUUUAAAGACUCCAGGCUCAGCAUCAAACAACAUGACAGAUAUGGUCAGCUGAUCCUAGGAAAUGCUUCUGCAGCAGACACCGGUGAAUACAGCUGCUGGCUACUGGUCUGCAAUGGGUACAGUUGCAAGAAGGAUGAGUCAAAAGCAGGGUCAACAUAUAUAUUUUUUGCAGAUAAAGGAGACCUUUUUGUUCCAUCUCCCAGUUAUUUUGAAGUUGUCUACCUCAACCCAGAUAAACCUGCAGUGAUUCCUUGCCGAGUGACCAACCCAUCAGCAAAAGUAACUCUACAUCAGGAGUUUCCAGCUGAAGAAAUUAAAGUGGAUGGAACCAACAUCAUCUAUGAUGUGAAAAAGGGGUUUGUUUAUCAGCACCCAACCUCCAAUCAGAAAGGAGUUGUUUACUGCAGAGCUGAAUCACGGGGAGCUCCUCAGAUUUCCAUUAAGUACCAGUUGCUUUAUGUUGAAGUUCCCAGUGGCCCACCUUCAGCUACAAUCAAAGCGUCAUCCAAUACUGCAGAAGGUGGUGAUGAUAUCAGCGUUCUGUGCACAGUGUUGGGAGAGCCAGAAGUAGAAGUGGAAUUUAACUGGAUAUAUCCAGGGCAAGAGUAUGAAAGGCCUGUGAUUAUGCAAGACACUUGGAGGCUGAUUGACAGAGGAAUUGGUCAAACCACAAGAAUCUCUGAGAGUGUUAUUACCAUUGAAGAUUUUGAAACCAUUGAUGCUGGAAACUACAUUUGUAUAGCUCAGAACCUUCGAGGACAAACCACAGUAGCUACACACAUUGAACUGGUGUAACAUACUGAGCUCUUAGGUUAGAAAAACAGAACAAGAAAAGGACUGGACUGCUUCUGGUUUUAAAUGCUGAACUGGAAAUGACUGGGAACAAAAUCUUAAUAUAUUAGAUUUGUAUCACAGAGUAAUAGAAAUGUAAAUAUGUAUAUGGCUCUUAGAGAGGGUGAUUGAUAGUGAAAGUCCACAACAGGAAGACAUUAGUUCAGAACUUGCCUCUGUCAUAAACACACUAAGUGCCUUUAAUGAAGUCACACACUUUUUAAACCUUAUUAUCUGCACCCCUUCUGCCUGUGUUCAUUUUAAGAAAUGAACAGACCUACUUGACGUGGACUGUUGUAACAAUUGUUUUAAAAAUGGCCAAGAUUAUUUAUCAUGUUCUAACAAACAUUUUCUAACUUUACAAAUCCGUAGCUGCGUUGCAGAAGUGCAACAAACCUAUUAGUGAAUUGUGAAGAUUUGCCCCUGGGUACCGGCAAGAGUAUUCUGAUGCCCUUCAAGCACUUCUGAAGCACACCAGACACUUCUGGUGCAUUUCCCAUGCUCAUAGGGCAUUUGUGGUGUGCAUUAGGCACUUCUCAUGCUGACUAUUUCUGGUGCUCAUUGGGCACUUCUGGUGCACAUUGGGUGCUCCUGUUGCACUCCAGUGCUUCUUAGCCAGUUUCUAAAUGCACAGCAAGAGUGCCCGAUGUGUAUCAGUGCUCAUUGUACAUCAAGGCCAUGGCACACCAGUCACUAAACCAACUAUCAUUGCAUAACAGAUAUCCGUAUGUUGUAACAUCCUGGCAACCCGAUGGGUGAAUUUGGAUGUUAUGAAAGUACUCAGUUCUAGUUCCCACACACUUAAGUCCAUUUACAGAGAUGCAUGUCUCAAGCUGAAUUCUAGUGUGUAUCAUUAUCCUACUUUGAAUACUAAAGCAAUAUAUAGUGCUAAUAUGAACCAAUAUACUGUACAUUUAAAGCCUUGAGUUCUGAUCUUCAAAUACAAAACCUCCUCACAAAUUUAAGGGAAGAUAUAUCAUCUUUGGUCUAUCUUACUGUGCACACAGGAACUGUAAAACGUACAGUGUUCACCACAAAAGGAUUUAUAUCUUAGUAGUAAGGAAUGUAACUUUUAUUUGACACUGUAAAACUCUACUUCCUUUCCUUCCCCAGCAAGAUUAGUUAUUAGCAUGAAAAUGCUUCUAUAUUUGCUGUCAAAACCACGGCAUAUUGCAAUUUUAAUAUGUCAUCCUAAGUAUACUAGACUGUUAAGACUGCCAUCACAUUAGAUGCAGUCAUAUUUUUUUAUGUAGGCAUACACAAAAUAAAAUUUUUUGCAAGUUUUAUGUUA